AUGGCCUCUAGUUGCACUGCUCCUCUACAGAGAACUGCUCCAACCCACUCCAGUUCGAGUCUUUCUACGGGGCUACCAGCGUCUGAUCCAGGGGGAGCCGCAGGCACACUCGAAGACUCCCCGUUGCAGCCUGCUAACCAUCCUUUUACUUUUCCACAUGCAGCCCCGCAAGGGGCCCGUGGCCCGGCAGAAGAGCACAAUAUGGACAAAGAAGCAGGCAGUGCGUGCAUGUUAAAGGGGAAUAGAGAGCCCCAUGGUGCUGCUCAGGAGGAUCACCGAGAAAAUUUAGAUGCACAGAGCUUCGCUUCCUUUGUUGUUACGGAGUGUCCUGCUUUGGAGCCGACGGAAGCUUCUCAACAACUGAGGAAACCCCCUGUGCUUCGCUCUGGUUUCUUCAAGCAUGCUGCACAGUUUUCGUCAGCAGCAGAUCGUGUGAUGGUGCUCCUCUGGCGCGCCUUCACGUUCAGGCUCAGGUAUCCAUUCAUGACUCUCAUAGGCCUUCUUGCUCCAGUUGCUCUCGUCGCAUCCGCAUGCAUCAUUCUUGCUCACUACCAGAACGUGGAGCUCAACUACGUACCAACCAAUAUGUCGCGCGGCCCAAAUAUGUCGUGCAACUUCGCUUCCUAUAUGAACAGAGUCAGCAAAAUGGCACAAGACAGCAAUCUGUGCACUCCUCCAUCGAGUCUGAUGGCUUCCUUUGGUCGCCGGUAUGACGGUCUGCAUUUAAUGUAUUUGCCGCUUGUGCUUCACUACGGCGGCCUUCUGGCUUUCGUAGACAAGGGGGGCACUGACUGCCAACAGCUCCGCCUCUUCAUGGAAAAGUUCGCCCAGACGGUGUCCCCUUACCUAAUGAAGCAUACAACGGAGAAUAAUCUGUUCAAAACGUUCCCUUCGGAGAAGGCACUGGACAAGUAUCGACGAGCCGCUGCAGCUCAAAAAGAACGACCCAUUCACUCGGCCUUCGUCUGCAGAGCCACAGAGCGAGGCCAACUGGAUGUCACAAUACGCAUGCACGUGCGCAGGGGAACGCCUCGUUCGUUUGUCAACGACGCUGUGAAGUUUCUGCGGAGACACUAUACGAGUUAUAACUCCACAACGUACUUUGGAGGGGCCAGUUUCCUCUUGGAGGCCGACGUGAUUGGAACUCCCAACGAAGGGAAGCCCUAUGGCCACCUGACAGGCGGUUUCCUGGACCUCAUAACUCUUGUUCAUGUUUUCAACCUGGAUCGGUCCAAAGUCCGCGAGCUCCCUUCAGGCUCUCCAGUGUCGCAGGAAUUCCAACCGCAGUGGGAGCGGAUAUCCGAAGCAUUCUUCAAGAUGUUUGAUUACUUCGGAAGACUGCCUGUGCUGGACAGCAUCGCAUUUUCGACGAAUCGCAAGACACUACUCAAGUCGUUUGUCGAGGAAUCCGAGCGAAACUUAGCAGAAAUGUUGACACUUGUUUUUUGCAUUUCAGCUGCAAAUGAACCAGCGUCCCCCAAGGGUAUAUCACAAAUGUACCGCCAUUUGCUGCCUGCGUGGGUGUUGGGCCCUGGGUACGGCGUAGUCCGUCUAUUCACCAUGCGAGCAGCAGCAGCAGGAUGUGACCCUUCGACACCUUCUAUGCAAGUACUAGAGAGACUGUUUUACUCCCGCACCCAUAGGAUGGGAAUUGGAUUAAUUGUGGCAGCGGUCGGGCCACUCCAGAGCAUCCUAAGAAAUGUCAGUACCCCUGUGCGGAGGGCAUACAGUCCACUCAACUUUCUAGAGUCAGCAAUGCCUUUCGUCCCUGCCACGGUGAUAUCUCGUUCUGGGAAACCUCACUCGUGUGCUGCACCUUUCGUCGUCUUGUUCGUCUGCAUUCUUUGGCAAGUAGUGAAGGCAAUUAUGGUCGACAAGGAAACGGGAUUCAAAAACAUGCUCAAGAUUUUGGGAAUAUCUGAUAGAGUGCUGUGGACUUCGUGGUAUCUGUUCUUUACUCUCUACAACUUGCCCACGCUAAUAGCGGUGGCUUUCAUUUCUCAUUAUUAUGCCUUCACGUUGAGCGAUAUAUGGUUUGUCAUCUUGCUAUUUCUGCUUGCUCUGACCGCCUCUAUUUCUUUUGCCUUAUUCGUCACCGCAUUGUUUACCGACGGAAAUCUUGCAGCAAUGGCAGCGUGUGCUUGGUAUGUCCUAAUAUGGGUGCCCGUUGUCUGCCAAAGAUUUGGCAGUGCAGCAUGGAACCCGCUGUUGCAGCAGCUCUUCAUGGUUGUCUGCCCUGCAGCUGCUCUCGGAGUGGGGAUCGACAUUGCCUGGAUCUUCAAUGAGCCAUACAUUGGUGGCAUUCGCCGGAGUACAGUCCAUACCUCUUCUCUCGGUAUCACACUGGCGGAUACGUACAUUACUUUGAGUAUAAGUACAGUUGUCUUCGCAUGCCUUGGCGCCUACCUUCACAAGAUCCAGCCAACUUCCAGUGGAAGCCCCAAGCAUCCGCUUUUCUUCGUGUCCCCCGUCAUCAGUUGCAUGCGCAAGUCUUGCCUCCUGUGUUGCCUAAGACGACCUCCAAAGGAUCGGCAAGAACUCCAAGAGAUCGCAGAGGGGCCCUUCUGCAAACUCAGCAGGGGCAGUGAAGACGACGGCAAGCCCCUUCUGGAGGUGUGCGGAGUACACAAGAACUUCCGCACAUGGAAAACGAAAAAGUGCUCUAGAGGCUCCGUUAAGGCUGUCAGAGGGGUUUCGUUUUCUGUGUAUCGUGACGAGAUAUUUGGGCUUCUCGGCCAGAACGGGGCGGGAAAGUCAACUUUGAUUUCUGUCAUCACGGGAUCGCUCGCUGCAACCAGCGGGGAUGUCCUAAUUGGCGGCGUAUCUGUUAGGCAGCAUCCAUCCCAUGCACGAUGCAACAUUGGAUACUGCCCUCAAUUCGACGUUUUGCUUCCCUACUUAACCAUUGAAGAGACUCUCUGGCUCUACGCAGCCCUCCGUGGUAUUCCGAGGGGACGAAGGAGAGAAGAGGUUGCGGAACUCAUGAGCAUGAUGCAGCUAUCGGAAAUGGCCAAGGUCCAAGUGGCAGCUCUUAGUGGCGGCUGGAGAAGGCGCGUGAGCAGCUCUGUUGCUUUUCUCGGAGAUCCAACAAUUGUCUUUCUUGACGAACCGACCGCUGGCAAGGCACACGCAGCAUUUUGUAUGGAUAUUCUGUAUCGCCGAACCUUUUGGGACUCCGUCCGCGUCUUGAGCAGAGGACGGUGCAUCGUCUUGAUUACGCACAUGAUGGAAGAAGCUGACUAUUUGUGUGACCGCCUUGCUAUCAUGGUUGACGGCGUUAUCGCAUCUGAGGGAACAGCACUGACACUCAAGUCAAGGUUCGGCAGCGGCUAUAUUAUUUCCGUUGUAUUCCUGAAACAGGCAAAACGAGAGGAGCAGCAAGCACAAAAGAAACUGCGGCGGCUGCUUCAAACAUUCGAAUAUCCGCCCACAAUCACGGAAGUCUCCAGGCACGAACUGCGAAUUGUUUGCCCAUUUUGUCACUCUUUCCAGUUACCCCGUCUCUUUUCCGAGCUGGAAAUUAACGCACACCACUACGGGGUCGAGAGCGCUGUUCUAGGGUUUGCUUCACUUGAAGAGGUCUUCCUAAAUGUCGUUAAGCUUGCUGCUAGAGGCAGGGCUUUAGAGGCAACAAGAACAGAUGGAUCAAACAGCCACAGCAAGCCCUCCCAAGUUAGCAAUGUCGCGCGAAGUGGAGCCUCUUCUAACUCAUGUUCAAGUUCUGCAAAUGGCCGCUGUUCGUCUCCUGCGUACAGGGUUUCUGCUCUUCCACAUGAACGCACAGCGGUUGCUCCUGCACAAAACACUCAUGAUGGACACGUUAAUGGAUCUCAACCUUUAAAAGUAGUACAACUACCACCUCCAAUUGUUCUGUUGGUGGCUCCAGUUGGCUCGCAUCCCACCAAAAACGGGGGCGCCCUAGACGAGGAUUGCGGUGGCAGCUUGCUGUUGUUCGAGCACUGCUGGCCAAGCGGAUUCGCCUUCUUUAUCGGGGAAAUCGGAGCCACGCGUGCCCCUGAAUGGACAACAGUUAUUCGAAUACCGCCUCCCAAAAAGCAUCCAUUCGGAGGUGCCCCCUAUAUGACUCACAAUAACAUCUCCAGUAAUGUGAAGAACAACAACGAUAUGUACGAAUUCCUCUUGAAUGGCUACUUUGGUCCUCAUUCUCCCCGCUUUGGCGCUUACGUGGCUCCCGAAGGCCAGGCCGAUCUAUCUGAUGAAGCCGGCCAACUAGAAGUUACCAUAUGGCAUAAUUCCACUUUCCGAGACUCCAUACCUUUGCACUACAGCCAUCUGCUCAACUGCCUGGCGCAAGACCGCACAGGAAUCCCGAAUGCCGUAUUUCUCAGCAACCAUCCAUUUGAAGACACGGACGACAAGUCAAUGGAUGGCCUGGUGGUUGGCUUCUUCACAGUAAUUGCAUACUCCUUCGUGGCGGCUGGCGUGGGGAAAGUUUGCAUAGUAGAGAGAGUGAGGAAAGUCCGGCACCAACAAAUCCUUGCGCAGGUCACUCCGUUUCAGUACUGGAUAUCAAGCUACAUCGUGGACAUGGUCCUCCUCCUCCUCCCGUGCUCGAUCAUCUUCGGCAUGAUUCUUUGGGUUGAUAUUACACCUCUUGUAGGGCCUCACCAACGCGGAGCCUUCCUCCUUGGCACAGUACUGUUUUGUUUCUCAGUUUGCCCCCUGGGCUAUGCUAUUUCGAUGGGUCUUGACUCUCCAAUGACUUUCGUUAUUGUUAUGCUGCUUCUGGGGUGGUCGCUCCCCUCAAUUCAAGCUCUCUUUACAGAAGUCAGCGGACUGCAAGGCAUGUACAGCCAAUACCUGAGAUACGUCUUUAUGCUGCUUCCCCAUGCUGCGUUUUGUGAGCUAUUGACUAACCUCGCAAUGAUGAACCAGCUAACUGGUGGCGACGUGAAGGCAAAGGAGUUGGUGAACUGGUUUGAGUUCCGAAAGACAGGAUGUCCGUUGUUGUACUUGGGAUUGACGAUUUUGUUGAACUGGAUGAUUUGUAUAGCCGUAGAUUGGGCGAUCAACUACCCCAUGAGCAGAGCAAGAAUGUUGACCUCUGUGCGCAGAUUUGUGGUCUCUCUAGUAACGAGUGCAGCUCGUGUCCUUUGUGGCAUUUGUUCCUCUUGUCUCUGCUGCCUGCCUGAUCCCAAAAAACGUGACUCCACCACAUUGAGAAGAGACCCUCCAGGCGCCUCCAGGAAUUCAGGACUACGAACAAUGAGGACAGAUAUUGACGCGGUUUUCUUCAGGAGAAGGAAUGCAAGUAGAAGCUUGGGCCUUAAUGUGCAGGAGGAAGAAACUGAAUCAGCUAGGGCAGUUCAGCAACUGCGACGUCGUGUCCGAAACGGCAAGUCAGGCCUGUUUCCAACUAGUCCCAUAAGCAUUGAAGACCCUGACAGAGGCGAGGAGGGAGCUAGAAACAACGAAGCGGACGGAGUUGAACUUCCACUGGUUGUGCACAGGCUCGAAAAGACAUACCCUCCUCCCAUACUGCAGCGAUGCUUCUACUGCUUGUACCCGCUAAGUAUAAAUGGUUCUGGAAAGUCUACAACGUUCAACAUUCUCGGCAGCUUAAUGCCCCAGUCUGCGGGUUCUGUUUUCGUUGGCGGCUUCGAUAUCCUCCAGCAAACAAGAAAGGCACGGGCUAAGCUCCGUUACUGCCCACAGACAGGUACGGACGCGCUUUUGCCUACCUUAACGGGGGCAGAGCACGUCUACCUUUACGGAUGUCUCUUGGGUUUGAGGCGCCACCAGCUACGUGAUUUCUGCUCGGAUUUCUUUGAAGUGAUAGGGUGCAAGAACCAUAUGCAUACUCUUGUUAAGUCGUACUCAGGUGGCACAAAGCGCAAGCUAAGUUUGGGUAUAGCGAUGUUAGGUGAAGUUGAUUUGCUGUUGCUAGACGAGCCCACAAGUGGUGUGGACCCAGAAAGCAGACAGAUAUUGUGGCGCAUGAUUGAAGAGGCAAAAAACUGUCAAACUUCAGGAAAAGCCAUUGUGCUGACGUCGCACUCCAUGGAGGAGUGCGAGGUGCUUGCCGAUCGCGUGGGCAUCAUUCACAAGGGCAAAAUGCUGUGUCUAGGCACCCCUGCAGAAUUGCGUUCAACAUAUGGCCACGGCUACCAAAUUGAAUGUGUCUUUGUUGCCGCUGCUGUUUCCCGGGACCCAUCUUUGCCUCGUCGCUUCAUUUCUGCUCUCCAAAAGACUCUACCCACUCUCCGCGUUCUCCACCGUAUGGCGUACAAAGUCACAGCUUCCGUUGCUAAGGGCGCUGUGUCCCUUGCGACAAUCUUUUGCGAAGUUGAAGCGGCCAAGGCUCCCUUUGCUGUGGAGGCAUACGUGGUUUCGGAGACAACUCUAGAAGAAGUGUUUGUUGAAGUGAGUCUGCGUGCAGAUAGGAAAGCGGUGCAAUUCUAA